UCUGUGGCAUGGGACACUCCGCAAGUUCAGCACCGCUGACCGGGGGAUGAGGGCGGAAUGGAGAAGGUGCUCUGUGAAGAACAUGGAACACCCUGCUUUCUGAAGACUGGCGUCAGAGAUGGAGCAACCAAAGGAAAGAGUUUCUAUAUCUGUGGAAACCGUGGUGGCUCACCGUGUAUGUUCACACAGCUUGCUGACAUUCCUGUGUCUCACUGCCUAGUACAUACAGACUCAGUUGUGGAACUUCAGGCUAUCUCUGCAAAAUCAGGCACCCAGUCUUAUUGGUUAUACUAUCGCUGUGUGAAAGGGAAGGCUGAUAAUCUGAAAUGGUGUGGAAAUAUUCCUUGGCAGGAACCAAAUUCAACAGAGAGCAGUACCCAUCAUGAUGGAGAACUGUCCCACCGUCAUGAAAAACAUAAUCGAAAUCCUUUCCGAAUACCGAGUGGAAAUGGGAGUUCAAAGCCUUUUACCUGGAAAGCUGCCGCUGCUAAUAGUAACAAAGAAACAUCUGAGUCUGCAAUAGAUAAGAAAGAUAAUAAGGAUGGUGAUGACUGCUUGAAGUCAAACGGUUUACCAAUUACAGAUAAGCAAAUAGUGAAGAAGUCUCCUGAUGGGUUCAAGAUCAAGGAGAAGUCAUGUAGUGAGGCUAGAAAAUCUGUUACUAAAGGUUCUGAAGGAACUCAGCAUGAUGUAUCUCAUCUCCCUGCAUAUGAUACUCAUACAGAAAGAACUGAUUCUUCCAAAAAGGAGAAGGGUAACCAUUUACAAUAUAUAAAGCCAUCUAGUCUCUUGGAAACAGACAAAGAAAAUGUGUUAACACCAUCCCCAGACAUGGACAAAAUGAAGGUGCAGUUAGGAACUGAGAAAAAGCAUGUUCAUGAAGAGUUAUCUAAGCACUCACCACAUCAUGGGGAUACUGUAAUCAAGAGCAGUGUGCUCUUGAAAGGGAAACAACAAAGGGACACACAAUCAUCAAGCAAGAAUGGUGGAUUUAGUUGCAAAAGUGAAAAAUCAAAUAACACUCUGAAUUGCUGUACAGCCAGGAUCCCCCAACAGACCAAAUCAAAAGACAAUCUGGAAAACUCCCCAGUACAGACUCAAGGCACUAAAGCUGAAUGCACUGCUACUGCAGACAAUUCAGUUCUUUGUACGCACAGUUCUAACUCAAAUAGUAAAACGAAUCAGGAGCUGAAAUCAUAUGGGCAAAUUCAUGCAGAAUCACCUGUCUGUAUUACAGCAGAAAAUAGCUGCUCCAAGUUAGAACAAAGUACAGAUGGCAAUCAGUUGGUGGACAUUAAGCAGAGAGCAGCUACUGAAAAAACAGAUCUAAGUAAUGGACAGAGAACGAUCACAGCCUUUCCUGGUUUUGAGUAUAAAUCGACAUCCAUGGAGACCAAGGAAUCUGUGGCACUACAUAAUCACCUGACUGCUCAGCUUAAACAGAAAAAGAAUACUCUGAGAACAGUGAAUGUUGCUGCCCUCCCUGAUAAAGGCCAGAGGUUAAUAAAUCAAGUUAAGGACCUGGAGGAUGCUCUUGGUGCACUUUGCCUGACUCCAACAGAUCUAAAUGAGGAAGACGAUGAAACAGAGAAUAGUCAUAUCAACCCCUUCGACAAAAGUGGCACCAUCUUACAGACCAAGCUUGCACCCCAUCAGGAUCCUCCAUCUGAUGCAACAACUUCACAUUCCAAUUACACUUCUUCCCUGGGAUCAAGUCAACUUCAUAGCCAGCUGUAUGGAGCUCAUUUUCAGCAACAAGUCCUAUAUGGAGGACGGAUGACAGAGGAAAGACUCCUUACUGUCAAGAACAUAACCAGUGAAGCUAUUGAACAACUCCAUAGAUCAUUGGAGUCUUGCCCAAAUGCAUCUGAAGAGGCUGAAGAUCCACCAUAUCUAAAGGUCCCAUUGCUGGUCCAUCAGAAACAGGCAUUGGCAUGGUUACUGUGGCGGGAGAAGCAAAAACCAUCAGGUGGUAUUCUAGCGGAUGACAUGGGUUUAGGGAAAACGCUAACAAUGAUUGCACUCAUCUUAGCACAGAGGUGCAACAGGAAGGAAGAAAAGGAGAAAAAACCCGAUGAGUGGAUCUCAAAAACUGAGCACACACAUGUCACCUCCUCUGGGACACUUAUCAUUUGUCCAGCAUCUCUAAUUCAUCAUUGGAAGAAGGAAAUCGAAAGGCAUGUCUCUGUCACAAAAAUAAGCAUUUACAUGUACCAUGGGCCAAAGAGAGAACAAUCUGCAAAAGCACUAUCAAAAUUUGAUGUUGUUGUGACAACAUAUAGCCUUGUUGCAAAGGAGAUCCCAGUGAACAAAGGAAAUAGCCAUUGUGCAACCAAGGAUGACGCGACCGCCUUGACUGAGACAAAGUCUUCUCAUUCUCCUCUGCUGAAAAUAGCAUGGUCUCGGAUCAUCCUGGAUGAAGCUCACAACAUUAAAAACCCCCAAGUACAAACCUCAAUGGCAGUGUGUAAACUCCAAGCUAAAGCACGCUGGGCAGUCACAGGAACGCCCAUUCAGAACAACCUGUUGGAUAUGUACUCUUUGCUGAAGUUCCUUCACUGUUCCCCAUUUGAUGAGUUCAAGCUUUGGAAGAAUCAAGUGGAUAAUGGUACCAGGAAAGGUGGUGAACGCCUUAAUAUUAUCACCAAAAGCCUUCUGUUGAGGAGAAUGAAAGACCAGCUUGAUGCUAAUGGCAAACCUCUGGUUGUCCUGCCACAGAAAUGUAACCACACUCAUAAGCUAAAAUUGUCAGAGGAAGAGGAAGCUGUUUAUAAUGUCUUGUUUGCUCGUUCCAGAUCAACCUUGCAGUCAUACUUGAAGAGACAUGAAGGCAAGGAUGACAAAGCUAAUUCAUCACCAGAUACUGAUAACCACUUCAGCAGAGUAGCUUGUGAGUUUGGUAUUGCAUCUGUCGGUGGUGGUCCUUCCUCUGUCCAGAAGAGUUCUCAAACAUCAAGCACUGCACACAUCUUAUCCUUGCUUCUCAGACUUCGUCAGUGCUGCUGUCACCUCUCUCUGCUGAAGACGGCUCUCAGUCAAAGUGAGAUGGAAUCUGAAGGCAUCACCCUCUCGCUGGAAGAGCAACUCAAUGCUUUAUCAUUAUCAGAGGUCACAGCCUUUGACAACAAGCCAGCUGUUAGCCUGAAUGGUACCAGCUUCAAAGCAAACCUGUUUGAGAAGACCAGAAAGAGUACUAAGAUUUCUGCACUCCUGGAGGAAUUAAAAGCAAUAAGAAGCAGCCAAGAUCCACAAAAAUGUGUAAUAAUUUCUCAAUGGACCAGCAUGUUGAAAGUGGUAGCAGGUCACUUGGAUCAAAUCAGGCUGAGCUACAUCACACUUGAUGGCAGUGUGACUCCUAAACUUCGUAUGGAUUUAGUGGAUGAAUUUAACACUAACCCUAAAGGACCUCAGGUCAUAUUGGUCUCUUUGUGUGCUGGGGGUGUGGGUUUGAAUCUCAUUGGAGGCAAUCACCUGUUCCUGUUGGAUAUGCACUGGAACCCAGCAUUGGAGGAACAGGCAUCUGAUCGAAUUUAUCGUGUGGGGCAACUCAAGAAUGUAACUGUGCAUAGGUUUAUCUGUGAGGGUACUAUUGAGGAGAAGAUCUUUGAGCUUCAGGAGAAGAAAAAGGAUCUAGCAAAAAAGGUUUUAACAGGAACUGGAGGAUCCUUUACUAAACUUACACUGGCUGAUCUGCGAAUUCUGUUUGGUGUCUGAGCUUCAAAGAAAAACAAUCCUGCCAUAAAAUUAUAUUCUAACAAAUUAUAGUCAAAACUCAAUGUGUCUGUACAUUUGACAAUUUGAGGCAUUUCUGUAUUUUGGAAACAUUUUUGUGUCCAGCAUAAUAUGAAUAUUGUGCAAUUAUGGUUCAAGUUAUAAAUCCUUUAGUGUACAUGUUUGUUUGGUAUAUCUCUUUUUCUGUUGAAAAAAAACGAAACACAAAGUUGCAUCUUCCCAAUCCCUGGAGAAAAGUAUUCGUUACAUGAUUUCAUCGUUUAAAAAUAAAAUACUACUUUAUUUUUGUUAAUGAUGGGAAAG